GCUCGGGACGGGACUCCGUACUGCAUCAGUCACGGAGGUGGCCGUCGGUGCGAAGUUCUGGAGUGCACGAAGAGUGCUGUGGGCAGCAGCGAACGCUGCAAAGCUCACGGCGGAGGGAGAAGAUGCACCGUGGAUGGCUGUACCACCGCUGCCCGCCCAGGCCCCUUGCAGCUGUGCCAAAAGCAUGGUGGCAAGGAGCCCAGGCGAGCAA